AUGUGUGUGACUCCUGCACCUGCUGCCAGUACAUCAUGUGCCACGUGUGUGACUCCUGCACCUGCUGCCAGUACAUCCUGUGCUACGUGUGUGAUUUUUGCGCCUACUGUCAGUACAUCCUGUGCCACAUGUGUGACUCUUGCACCUGCUGCCAGUACAUCCUGUGCCACAUGUGUGACUCCUGCAUCUGCUGCCAGUACAUCCUGUGCCACGUGUGUGACUCCUGCACCUGCUGCCAGUACAUCCUGUGCCACAUGUGUCACUCCUGCACCUUAUGCCAGUACAUCCUGUGCCACGUGUGUCACUCUUGCACCUACUGCCAGUACAUCGUGUGCCACAUGUGUUACUCCUGCACCUACUGCCAGUAUAUCCUGUGCCAUGUGUGUCACUCUUGCUCAUACUGCCAGUACAUCCUGUGCCACGUGUGUCACUCUUGCACCUACUGCCAGUACAUCCGGUGCCACAUGUGUCACUUUAGCACCUACUGCCAGUACAUCCUGUGUCACGUGUGUCACUUUAGCACCUACUGCCAGUACAUCUUGUGCCACGUGUGUCACUUUAGCACCUACUGCCAGUACAUCCUGUGCCACAUGUGUGACUUCUGCACCCGCUGCCAGUACAUCCAGAUCUACGUGUCUCACUCCUGCACCUGCUGCCAGUACAUCCUGUGCCACGUGUCACUGCUGCACCUAUUGCCAGUACAUGCUGUGCCACAUGUGUCACUGCAGCACCUACUGCCAGUACAUCCUGUGCCAUGUGUGUCACUGCUGCACCUAUUGCCAGUACAUCCUGUGCCACAUGUGUCACUGCAGCACCUACUGCCAGUACAUCCAGCUCUACGUGUCUCACUCCUGCAAUUUUCCACAGUAG